AGAAAUAAAAAAAAAAAAGAUGUCUUCGCCCAUGAUAACACAGUUUUUUCCUCCCCUCAAAAAUGACCUCAUCUUGAGAGCAGCUAGAGGUGAAAAGGUAGAGCGAGUGCCAGUAUGGUUGAUGAGACAAGCUGGGCGAUAUCUUCCAGAAUACAAUGCAUACAAGAAGGAGCAUUCAGCUGACUUUUUCAAAACUGUACAGACUCCAAGUAUGGCUUGUGAGAUAACUCUUCAGCCAUUACGGAGGUUUGACCUGGAUGCGGCCAUCAUUUUUUCUGAUAUCCUGGUGAUCCCUCAAGCACUGGGUAUGGAGGUGGAUAUUGUUGAAGGAAAGGGAGUGGUGUUUAGUUUUCUGCUGGAAACCCCUGAUGAUAUGGAAAGACUCAACACAGAUGUGGAUGUUGUUAAAGAGCUACACUAUGUCAUGGACGCUAUCACACUCACUCGCCACCAGAUUGAGGGCAAAUGUCCGCUGUUUGGCUUCAGUGGGGCUCCAUGGACCCUAAUGAAGUUUAUGAUUGAUGGUGGCUCCCAUUCACCUUUACCGAAAGCAAGGAAAUGGCUGGUAAAAUAUCCCAAGGAAAGCCACAAUCUUCUAUCAAUUCUCACCUCCAAAGUCAUUGAUUACCUUGUUGCACAGAUAAAGGCUGGAGCACAGAUUGUGCAGGUGUUUGAUUCGUGUGCUGGAGAAUUAGGCCCUAUCCAGUUUAACAAAUUCAGUUUACCUUAUCUAAAAGAUAUCGCUUAUGGUGUUAAGGAUAUCCUUUCACAGGAAAAGAUAGAGCCAGUCCCCAUGGUUGUUUUUGCCAAGGAUGCUCAUUUUGCCCUUGAAGAUCUUAGUAAAAUAGGAUAUGAAGUUGUCUCCCUUGACUGGACUCAGAAACCACUACAUGCAAGACGAUUGUUGGGUGCCAAGGUUACAGCUCAAGGUAACCUAGAUCCAGCUCUCCUAUAUGCUCCUCAGGAUGAAUUGAAACAUGCUGUCAAAGAAAUGCUGGAGAAGUUUGGUACCACACGAUACAUUGCCAAUCUAGGACAUGGAAUACAUAAAGAUACUGACCCUGAGAAUGUGAAAGUGUUCAUUGAUGCUGUGCAUUACUAUUCAGAGGACAUGAUAGCACGGCAGUAGAUAGUUUAUGGUGCUUGAGGAUGUGUUCACAAAAUUCUGUGAUGUGGAAUUGUUGCAUUAUUUAAAACAAAUCAUUUUUAUUUGUAUGAUUAUAAUUUGUGUCUAUUUUGAAUUUAAAAAUGUAAAAAAAAAAACACAUUAGACCUUAUAAUCAUACAUAAAUUCUGUAAAGCUUUCCUUAUGGAAAAUUUACCUUAAGUUAAGAAAUAUUAAUGAAAUUUUCUUGCCUGAAGGAUCAAUGGUCUUUUUACCUAAGACUCUAUUCUGGAGAAAUGGGGAAAAUAUUUGCAGUUGUAUUUUCUAAUAGAAAAAAAAAGAAGAAAUUAAACCUCAUUUCAUUUCCUCUUUAUGUAGAGGAUAAUUAAAAGUGUCUCUUGUGACAAGACAUUUCAUAAUUAUGGCUAAUAUUUCAGUAUCUUUCACAAGUAGUGUACAGUAAAAAUGAACGAUUCCAAAAUAUGAUAACAUGAGUAUCAGUAAUAAAACAGCUUUGUAUUUCUCUGUUACUGGUUAAAAUGUCAUACAAGGUUUUUUAUGUCCCCGCCAUUAAGUGGUAACACUCAGUUGUGAUGGGGUGCAGGAACCCUGAUAUGUUGCAUGAAAGUUGUUACUGAGUAUGUGGUAGGGCAGCGCCGAAAUGGCAGCUCCGACUGCAUGCUUCCCAGGGAGUUGAGAAAGAUAUUGACUUUAAGACAGCUAUAUUGUUGUGAUACAUGUAGUAUAGAAUAUGGUCCGAUAGUAAUAGUAAAUUGUGUGCAUCAGUGUGUAUGAAAGCUGAAUUCUGGAGAUUUAGUUAUGUAUAUAAAUUAUUAUGAGGGUCUGAAUUCUGGGUUUGAAUAUUGAGUGUGAUUUUUAAUUUGUUAAUGAAUGAGCAUUAAAUGGCAUAGCUGAAUGCUAAACAAUAAAA